AGAGUCUCGGGCGGGAGUUUGCGGUGGGGGAACCAGACUGGCGGAGUCCUGGGUAGGAAAGGCCAUCACCUGUUGGGGCCUCCCAGCCAGAGAAGCACGAGGACACCAGGCGGGGACAGCCACAGCCUCAGGAGCACGCCCCCAAUCCUAGGGGACCUGGCUGGCGGGGGACCGGCAGACCCGGGACAGAGCGAGGGAGGCCCCGGCGCUGGAAUGCAGUUUCCUCCGGCGAGGGAGACUUUGCACUGGACUGGAAAAUAGUUUGGGGUGGGGUUUCGCACGGUCCCCUCCUCCCCACCCCCGGCCCCCUUCCAGGCGCUUUCUGGGAGCCUUAAGAACUGCGCUCUGAAGUUUCAAGAGAGCCAGGAGCCUGAGCCGCAGGCAGGGACAAUGGAAGAAAACGAAAGCCAGAAAUGUGAGCCGUGCCUUCCUUACUCAGCAGACAGCAGACAGAUGCAGGAACAAGGAAAAAGCAAUCUGCAUGUAACAUCAGUAGAAGAUGCAGAAUGCCGCAGAACCAAGGAGCGCCUUUCUAAUGGAAGCAAUCGUACUUCAGUUUCCAAGUCUUCCCGAAAUAUCCCAAGGAGACACACUCUAGGGGGGGCCCGAAGUUCCAAAGAAAUACUGGGAAUGCAGACAUCGGAGAUGGAUAGAAAGAGAGAAGCUUUCCUGGAACAUCUAAAGCAGAAAUACCCCCAUCAUGCCACAGCGAUCAUGGGCCACCAAGAAAGGCUGAGAGACCAGACAAGAAGUCCCAAACUCUCUCAUAGUCCUCAACCUCCCAGUUUGAGUGACCCAGUCGAGCAUUUAUCAGAGACGUCCGGUGAUUCUUUGGAAGCCAUGUCUGAAGGGGAGGCGCCAAGUCCUUUUUCCAGAGGCAGCCGAACUCGUGCAAGCCUUCCUGUGGUGAGGUCAACCAACCAGACAAAAGAAAGAUCUCUGGGGGUUCUCUAUCUCCAGUACGGAGAUGAAACCAAGCAGCUCAGGAUGCCGAAUGAAAUCACAAGUGCAGACACGAUCCGUGCUCUCUUUGUAAGUGCCUUUCCACAGCAGCUCACCAUGAAAAUGCUGGAGUCGCCCAGUGUCGCCAUUUACAUCAAAGAUGAAAGCAGAAAUGUCUAUUAUGAAUUAAAUGAUGUAAGGAACAUUCAAGACAGAUCCCUCCUCAAAGUGUACAACAAGGAUCCUUCACACGCAUUCAGUCACACACCAAAAACUGUGAAUGGAGACCUGAGGAUGCAGAGAGAAAUUGUUUAUGCAAGAGGAGAUGGCCCUGGUGCCUCUCGACCUGGAUCCACAGCUCAUCCACCCCACGCAAUUCCCAGUUCUCCACCAUCCACUCCUGUGCCUCAUUCCAUGCCUCCCUCCCCAUCCAGAAUUCCUUAUGGGGGCACUCGCCCCAUGGUUGUUCCUGGCAAUGCCACCAUCCCCCGGGACAGACUAUCCAGCCUGCCGGUCUCCAGAUCCAUCUCACCAAGCCCAAGCGCCAUCUUAGAAAGAAGAGAUGUCAAGCCCGAUGAAGACAUGAGCAGCAAAAACAUCGCGAUGUACAGAAACGAGGGUUUCUAUGCUGAUCCUUACCUCUAUCAUGAGGGAAGGAUGAGCAUAGCCUCAUCCCACGGAGGGCACCCACUGGAUGUCCCUGAUCACAUCAUUGCAUAUCACCGCACAGCGAUUCGGUCAGCGAGUGCUUAUUGUAACCCCUCCAUGCAAGCGGAAAUGCACAUGGAACAAUCACUGUACAGACAGAAAUCAAGGAAGUAUCCAGAUAGCCAUUUGCCCACUCUGGGCUCUAAAACACCCCCCGCCUCUCCUCACCGAGUUAGUGACCUGAGGAUGAUAGACAUGCACGCACAUCAUAAUGCUCACGGUCCCCCUCACACCAUGCAGCCAGACCGGGCCUCGCCAAGUCGUCAGUCCUUUAAAAAGGAACCAGGCACCUUGGUAUAUUUUGAAAAGCCCAGGAACACUCCAGGAUUAUCCGGCAUUGUGGACCUUGGCCCUCCUCUAGUUGAGAAGCAAGUUUUUGCCUACAGCACUGCUACAAUCCCUAAAGACAGAGAGACCAGCGAGAAAAUGAUGAAAAUGACAGCCAACAGGAACCACACAGAAAGUGCAGGAACUCCCCACAUUUCCGGAGGGAAGACUCUGGGCGCCCAAGAGGCCACCGUGCCGCCCAGCCAGCCCCUGCCUACAGGCGCCUCGGCCAUCCACAUGAGCCUGCUGGACAUGAAGCGAAGUGUGGCUGAACUCAAGCUCCAGCUCCAGCAGAUGAGACAGCUCCAGCUGCAGAACCAGGAGCUGCUGAGGGCCAUGAUGAAGAAGGCUGAGCUGGAAAUCAGUAGCAAAGUUGUGGAAACAAUGAAGAGGCUGGAGGAUCCGGUGCAGCGACAGCGCACCCUAGUGGAGCAAGAGAGACAAAAAUACCUCCACGAAGAGGAGAGGAUUGUCAAGAAGUUAUGUGAGCUGGAAGACUUUGUUGAAGACUUGAAGAAGGACUCUUCGUCCGCUGGCCGAGUGGUUACUCUCAAGGAUGUGGAAGAUGGGGCUUUCCUCCUAAGACAAGUGGGAGAAGCAGUAGCCACCCUGAAAGGAGAAUUUCCAACCUUACAAAACAAGAUGAGAGCCGUCCUGCGCAUAGAGGUCGAGGCCGUGCGGUUUCUGAAGGAGGAGCCACAUAAGCUGGACAGUCUCCUAAAACGUGUGCGCAGCAUGACAGACAUCCUGACCAUGCUGCGGAGACAUGUCACCGAUGGGCUCCUGAAGGGCACCGAUGCAGCCCAAGCCGCACAGUAUGUUGCUAUGGAAAAGGCCACAGCCGCCGAAGUCUUGAAGAACCAGGAGGAAGCAGCCCAUGGCCCCAGCCAGCCCUUCCAUGGCACCGGAGUCCCUGGCGAUGUGAAGUCGGAAGUGGUGCCUUUGUCUGGCAUGACCGUUCACCAGGCGCAGAGCUCUCCUGUGGUCAUCCAGCCCUCCCAGCACUCCCUGGCCCUGCUGAACCCUGCCCAGAACUUGCCUGUCGGGACUGGUACCCACACAGCCAACCCUCCUGCAGUCACACAGGAAGUAACCUCUGCACUGCAGUCAGCUCCAGCCCCACAGUCCCCUCAGACACCCACGAAUGGUUCCACCAUGCAGAGCUUGUUCAUUGAGGAAAUCCACAGUGUGAGUGCCAAGAACAGGGCAGUGUCCAUUGAGAAAGCAGAAAGGAAAUGGGAAGAGAAAAGGCAAAAUCUGGACCAUUAUAAUGGGAAAGAGUUUGAGAAGCUCCUGGAAGAAGCUCAGGCCAACAUCAUGAAGUCAAUUCCAAACCUGGAGAUGCCACCAGCCUCGGCCCCAUUACCAAAGGGAGAUGCCCCAGUGGACAAGCUGGAACUCUCAGAAGACUCACCAAAUUCAGAACCAGACUUGGACAAGCUGGGGGGAAAGUCACCCCCUCCCCCUCCUCCACCUCCUCGGAGAAGUUACCUGCCUGGAUCGGGGCUCACUACCACGAGAUCUGGUGAUGUGGUCUACACUGGCAGGAAGGAGAUCACCACUACCAAGGCCAGUGGUGAAGAUGUUGGUUCAAGCCCACAGACAAGAGCCACAAAAUGUCCAGCAGAAGAGCCUGCUUCAGCCUGGGCCCCAUCCCCUCCACCAGUCACUGCAUCCUCCUUGAAAGAUGAGGAGGAAGAAGAAGAAGAAGGAGACAAAAUAAUGGCAGAACUCCAGGCAUUCCAGAAGUGUUCCUUUAUGGAAGUAAAUUCAAACAGUCAUGCUGAGCAGUCCCGGGUUGACAGUCACGCUAAAGACACUAGGCCAGGCGCCACAGUGCCACCCAAGGAGAAGAAGAAUUUGGAAAUUUUCCAUGAAGAUGUACGGAAAUCUGAUGUUGAAUAUGACAAUGGUCCCCAAAUGGAAUUACAAAAGGUUACUGCAGGGGCUCUAAGACCUAGUGACCCUCCUCAGUGGGAAAGAGGAAUGGAGAAUAGUAUUUCUGAUGCAUCCAGAACAUCAGAAUAUAAAACUGACAUCUUAAUGAAGGAAAAUUCCAUUUCCAAUAAGAAUUUAUAUAGAGACAGUAGAAACUAUUCCCAGAAAAAUAUGCCAAAGGUCAGUUUCAGCUUCUCUGGCACGAACUCAUUAGAAGACGAAAUAAACCAAGGGCCCAAAGACUCAGGACUGCAGUACCCUGAGAAUCAGAAGUUGAAUUACGGAAAGACAAAGGAGAUGGGUGAACGAGGACCGGAAAAUACAGAUAAGUGUCCCGUUCCCUCCUCUGCCAGAUCAACAGAAUUGAAUAGUCAUGACAUCAGAACACAAGAUCAAGAUGGGCUCAUGACAAAUAUUAGCCAAGUUGUUCUAAGACCCAGAGGGACGAGGCAUGGAAACCUGAAUCCUCCUGAUGAUGGAGACUCAAUUCCAGGUUCUCCCACUGAAGAAAAUUCAGCCACUGACAACAUCGCCUUCAUGAUCACCAAAACCGCUGUCCAGGUGCUGUCCAGUGGGGAGGUCCAUGAUAUAGUGAGCCAAAAGGGACAAGAUGUGCAGACAGUCAACAUCGAUACCAAGAAAGAGACGACCUCCCACCCAGAGGUGACUGAAGGCGAAGAGCCGGUCGUGUGCCUAGACAAGAAACCAGUUAUCAUCAUUUUUGAUGAACCCAUGGACAUCCGGUCUGCAUAUAAGAGACUUUCCACCAUCUUUGAGGAAUGCGAUGAGGAAUUGGAGAGAAUGAUGACGGAAGAAAAGAUAGAGGAGGAGGAAGAAGAGGAAAAUGGAGACUCCGUAGUCAAGAAUGAUGCUUCCGACAUGUUUCCUACGCAGGUUGCCUCAGGAAGUCUGAUUGUGGGACAGCAGACAGAGAUGAAAUCGAAGCCACUCUCCCUAUCAGCAGAGACCAAGCCCCCGGCAGGACAGGCCAUGAACCAAACGGAGCCGAGCAAGUUGAGCCUGGCAGAUUCUCCAGAUUCCGAAAGCAAAGGGGACGUGGCCGAGGACCAAUUUGAAAGCCCCAAGAAAAAAUUUAAAUUCAAGUUCCCUAAAAAGCAACUUGCUGCUCUCACUCAGGCAAUCCGCACGGGAACCAAGACGGGCAAGAAGACCCUGCAGGUGGUGGUCUACGAGGAAGAGGAAGAGGAUGGCACUUUGAAACAGCACAAAGAAGCCAAGCGAUUCGAAAUCACCAGGUCUCAACCUGAAGACACCCUGAAAAAUAUGGCCAGGAGACAGGAGCAGCCCAGUUUAGAGAGCACAGUUCAGGUUUCAAGAACUGAUGAAAUUAGGAAAAAUACCUACAGAACAUUGGACAGUCUGGAGAAGACCAUCAAACAGCUUGAAAGUACGAUCAGUGAAAUGAGUCCCAAAGCCUUAGUCGAGACCUCGUGUUCCUCCAACAGAGAAUCUGUUGCAAGCUCAUCCCACACAGCCCACGAGGCCCCUCCCCGAAACUUGCUAGUUCUGGAUGAAGCCCCCCCUGCCCUAGAGCCCCCCACGUCAGUAUCUUCAACUUCACGUAAGGGCUCCAGUGGGACCCCACAGACAAGCAGGAUGCCCGUCCCUAUGAGUUCCAAGAAUAGACCCGGAAGCCUGGACAAACCUGGCAAGCAAUCCAAACUGCAGGAUCCUCGCCAAUAUCGUCAGGCUAAUGGAAGUGCUAAGAAAGCUGUUGGGGACUGUAAGCCUACUUCCCCCUCCUUACCUGCUUCUAAGAUUCCAGCCCUUUCCCCCAGCUCUGGGAAAAGCAGUUCUCUGCCCUCUUCUAGUGGUGACAGCUCUAACCUUCCUAAUCCGCCUGCUACUAAACCAUCGAUUACUUCUAACCCUCUCAGCCCUCAAACAGGACGAUCCACUCACUCCGCCUCCCUCAUCCCUUCUGUCUCUAAUGGCUCCUUAAAAUUUCAGAGCCCCCCUCACACAGGUAAAGGUCACCACCUUUCAUUCUCACUGCAGACUCAAAAUGGCCGAGCAGUCCCUCCUUCCUCUUCCUCCUCCUCCCCUCCCUCCCCUGCCUCCCCGACCUCCCUCAGCCAAGGUGCCAAGGGCAUCAGGACCAUCCAUACUCCCAGCCUCACCAGCUACAAGGCACAGAAUGGAAGUUCAAGCAAAGCCACCCCUUCCACAGCCAAGGAGACCUCUUAAAGGCCAAAUCCUAUUAGGCCCAAGUUGGAGUUACAUAUUUUGUUUUGUUUUGUUUUUCAUUUUUAGCAGUCUGCAACAACUGUUUUCACAAGAGAAUGUAACAUAUUGCUGUACUGUUUGAGGCUUAAUGACAAGUUUGUGCUAAAUACUGGAUUAAUAGAUCUCGGUAAAGCUUGUUUGUUUUUUACUUUGUUGCUGUUGUAACUACGUAGUGUUUACUGUCUAGAAUGACACCUGUCAAAUGGAGUGAGCAUGUUGCUACCAAAAAGAGAGUUUGGAGAGCGGACAGGGUGUGUGAGAGAUGGGGGAAACUGUAUUAAGCAUGUAAAACAUGUAUGAUUCCAGAACUUUAGUAUGUUUUGUAUAAAAAUAUUUUUCAUUACGGAGACUAGAAGUGAACAGAGAAAUACACAAGUGUGACUAUAUAAAUUGUAAAACAGAUACUAUAAUAUUUCCUUUUAUUUUAGUGUUAUUUAGCUUUAUUACAGAUUUCUAUUUUUGUCAAAACUUCAUGGUUCCUUUCAAGAUCUUUUUUGCCAAAACAUUUUGAUACUAUAGCAUUGUACAUUUGAAAGUAGUGUGCUAGACUCUAAGCCAAUGAACUUCUACGCAAGCCAAUAGGGAGGCUUCUGUAGAAAGCAGUUUAUCAAAACUAUUGCACUGCCAUUAAAAGUAUGUAUAAUAAUUUGCUAGCCCAAGUAAGCUUGUUUUCUUUGCUUUUUUUUUUUUUUUCUUUUCUUUUUGUUUUUCUUUUAAACAUGUUGAGAUUCUCUGGUUGUUUUCUUUACAGUUUCGAACCCCUUCCUUCGUUUUCUGAGACCUGGUAACCCACACUAUUGCAUUGUGGAUUUUAAAAUGUACACUUCUGUACGGUUCUGUAAACUGAUCAACUUUUGUAAAUAUAUAAAUAGACAAAAAUACUGUAUGUGAUAGCACAUAGAGUAGUUUUCCCACACCAAAGUUAAUUUUUAUGCAUGCUUUAAGAAGAUAUAUUGGAAUGGGCAGAAAUGGGGCUAUCCAUACAUUUUUAAAAAGCAACGAGUUUGCACAGCUAGAGUGUUUUGUAAAUAAAUGUAUUUGUAUAACACAGUCAUGUAAUAUACAGAACUAUGAGCAGAGACUUUGCAAAACUAAAUAAAGGGCUGCAUGCUUAUU